AUGGAAAAUGAGAAUAAAUGCGAGAGACGUCCCCGGCCGAUGCGUUGUAGCACAAGAUUGCGUACAAUUCAUUGCCAACAGCGAGUUGAAAAUUCAUUGCCAAUGGCGGUUCAACGGCCUAAAACUGCCGCCAAAUAUGCUAGCCGUUCAGUUCACGCCACGUCAAUCUUAGAUUCUCCGACAAUAGUUCGACAUAUGGGAAAACGUGUCCGUAUUUAUUCAUUUACCAUAUACUUUAUGACGCGUGUCCAAGUCCGUGUUUUGACUCGUGCUGAUUAG